GCACUGAACUCCUCCCUGUCUACAAACUCCAACCUUUCUAACAAAACUCCCUCCCUUUCACCGCACUGAACUCCUACCCAUCUACAAACUCCAACCUCUUCUCCAACUCCCACCCAACUCCCUCCCUUUCACCGCACUGCACUCCUACCCAUCUACAAACUCCAACCUCUUCUUUAACAACCCACCCAACUCCCUCCCUUUCACCGCACUGAACUCCUACCCAUCUACAAACUCCAACCUCUUCUCCAACUCCCACCCAACUCCCUCCCUUUCACCGCACUGAACUCCUACCCAUCUACAAACUCCAACCUUUUCUCCAACUCCCACCCAACUCCCUCCCUUUCACCGCAGUUAACUCCUCCCCAUCUACAAACUCCAACAUCUCACAAAUGCUCCACUCGUCCCCUCUCACCUCCAAAACCGUUUUGCCCCAAAACCUAAAACACAGCGCGACUUACGCCCAUGUCUAGGUGGAAUACCCGACCUCGGGUAUUUUUUUACCCGACCGGGUCGGGUACCCGUUACCCGACACGUCGGGUAACAUUUCGGGUAGCGGGUAUUGAUACCCGGCCCGGGUAACCCGGACCCGACCCGCCGGGUAAUUUUCAGGAUUUCUGAUACCCGACCCGCCCUAAAAGCGGGUCCGGGUACCGGGUACCCGACCCGGUCAGGUAGUUUGCUCAACCCUACUUGCAGGUGGUGCGUCCGGGCGGAACGAGGUUCGGUACACAAUUUAUCGCAUUGUCUCGGCUUUGUGAGGUCAAACUGUCGCUGCUACAGAUGGUGCACAGUGAGGGGUGGGAGUUGUGGGCAACGGGGGUGCGGAGGAGUGCAGGGGAAGCCUUCCAAGCCCACCUCGAGGACAAGAUUUGGUGGAAGGCGGCUGCCUUCUUUGUGAAGCUGAUGAAGUUGCCAUUCAUGGCGAUGCGAGCAACUGAUUCCACGGCGAAAGGGAUGAUGGGCAGAUUCUAUGAUCACAUGCUACAGCUGACUGUGGAUGUGAAGCAGCUGCUUGAGGGGGAGGAUGGGCAGGAACUGCUGACGAGGGGGGAGGAAAGGGAGAUUAACAAGUUUGUCAAGACGCGCUGGGAUGGCAGCCUUCCUUGCCCCCUCCACGUGGUUGGUCGGAUCCUUAAUCCGGGCAACCAGGUGGAAGAGAUCUUCCCGGAUGAUGUGGAGUGCACCAAAGUCUUCAAAGACUUCAUCUCCCGCCACUACGAGGGACAGACCAUUACCAGGAAGGAUGUGGGUGAGAGGCGCGCCACCCUCGUCUUGCAGGAGGGACUCAUGUCCUUCCUGAAACUCGAGGGCAGCUUUGGCAUGCCUGAUGCCAUUAGAGAUCGCUUGGCCGUGAAGGAGGGGAAGGGUUGCAUGGUGCAUUGGUGGACCUGGCACGGCACCGACUGCCCGGAGUUGGCCAAGCUUGCUUGCCGUGUCCUCACUCAGCCGGUGUCUGCUUCUGCAUGCGAGCGCAACUGGGCAGUGUGGGAUUCGGUCCACACUGCUUGGCGCAACAAGCUCGGCUCGGAGAAGCUGAAGGAUUUGGUUUACAUUGCGCACAACUGAGGGGGCACGGGAGGCUGGUGUUAGGGUUUGCCCGCAGCAUGGUGUUGCACAGCAUGAAGUGGAGUACUCGCAGCGGCUGGUUGUAGGGAAGAUGCAUCCUGGUUGUGUUGCAUGGGAGAGGGGGUAGGUGUGUGUGAUGUGAUGGAUGGAUGUUAGGUUGGCUUGUGAAUGUACCCCGAAACUUCUAAUAUUUUAUUAAUGGGGGCGGUGGAUGAAGCGUUUUCCUAGCGUUUGCUCCCCUCCUGGCUAAGCAGUUUGCGUUUCAACGCUAGCGUUUAAAACGCCAAACGCUUUUAUUCCAACGUAGAUGUGCCACACUGUUUGUAUUUGCCAUUUUAUUGACAAUGUAUAUAUGUACAAGAGUUCCUAGUUAGGGAUUGUUGAACUAGACACCAUGCAGCGGAGAACUAAAAGGUGUUCUAGCAACCUUUCCAGAAGUCAUUCCCCAAGUAUGCAAAAUCUGCUACCGAUAGAGGGGCAACCUUGCACGAGGCUGCGUUGGUGCCGUCAGAGAAACGGACCUGCGCACGCCUACAAAUUGUGCGGGCCUGCUCGCACUGAUGGACGAGCGAAAUGCGCUUGUAGAAGAAGUUGGUUUCAAACAUGUGGAGCAAAAGAUGGGAAGAGCCGCUGAAAUCGCGAAGACAGUAAGCACCAUGAUGACUGCAGUCUUUGAGGAAGUCUUGGAAGGACUUUCCAAUGCACCCAAAAGUCUCAAGGACCACGGGAAGAAGUUUGACAUUCGGGCGGGUGCGCAGCGACGAGGCGUAGAGAGUGGUCUUCUCAGUUUGGAGGCGGUCGAACCAAUGACCUUGGCGGCGUUGGAGUGGGGGAACCUCUGUUGGGGUCAGUCACAGAGAUCUUCAAAGCCAAGGUUGUACCCGAUUGAACGUCUCGGCAGCUGACAUCAGGCGCUGCCCCGGAAGGAAAUGCUGGUCUUCCAGCUGCGCAACGAAGCCCAGCUCCAGGGUGAUACGAUGUACCUCAUGUUUGAUGACAACAUGUACCUUGGGCAGCGGAGAGGGUGGGAAUGGAUAGAAGGGUUAGAGAACGGAGAGCCACACGUGCAGGUUGCGGCAGUGGUGAGGUGAGGAAUGGGGAGGCCGAGGCGGACUGCAGCAGCAAUAUGCCACUCGGAUUCUGUCAUUUGCAUAUGCGAGGAGGAGGGUGCCACCAUAAGCCAGUCCCCGGCAUGCGGGCCCUGAAGGGAGGUUAGUCGAGCCAAGCGGAGCGGGGAAGAAGCCGUAGCGCGCACCUUCUCAAGCUGGGCGGUAUCUAGCUGAUGAGAAAGGUGAGUGAAGAGCUUGGGAUGAUAGCCUAACUGAAGGUGGGACCAAGAGGGGAAACGAUCGCGAACUUCUUGAGGAAGCAUGGACAUGGCGGAGGGGAUGAAUUCAUCAAGACGAUGAAUAGUGUCGGAGGAGAGGAAGGGGGUGAAAAGCGGCACACCGUCAGUGAUGAAGUGAGAGGAGAGCAGUGGUAGUGAUUGAGCCCAGGCUUGCUGAUGGGCGGUUUUGGUCUGCACCGUCAGUUGAAUCCAGUAACUGGGGCCAAAACGUUGGGUGAAGUAAUCCAAAAGGGCAGAAUCCCAAGCAGCAAAAAGGCUGUGAAUAUCGGGGAAUGGAGAGACUAUUCAAAGAAGGAAGGAGGGACGGGCUGAGAUGCAAUGAGAAAGGAUGCGAGAGGCAAUCUGGGGGUUCUCAAGCUGGUGAAGAAGGGGACAGGAGGAUAUGAAUGAGUUGAGCUUAUCACGGACCUCCGAGAUGAUGUGGCCGUUGGAACUAAUUGGAAACCUAGCGACGCUCAUGCCAUUUGGGGCGAAUGGAACUCCAAGAGGGAGGGCACAAUCUGUUGGAAGAUGCAGAGGGCACCAUACGGAACACUUCGAAGGCUGGACAGCAAGGCCUAACGAGCAAAGGCGGUUCGUAAGUGCCAUGAAAGCCGUCGAAAUAAUUGAGGGUGGACUGACGAGGAAAGUGUCGUCGGCGUAACAGGUGAUGAAAAUGGAAGGGAAUUGCUGCUGGGUAGAGAGGAUGGCAUGUUGCUGCGUGAGGGCGUACAAGACGGGACCACAGGGGUCCCCUUGGCGCACACCAGAGGCAUACUGGAAGGAAUGAAUGGUGGGGCCAUUG